AGCCCUUAUUUAUCCUCUCCCUUUCAUUUUUUUUCCCACCUUCCUCAUACAUGAUCCUAUUUAACCAUUCUCUUUAUCCCCCAUUCCUCCAUCUUUAGCUCAAAUUUCCUUUCAGUUCCCCAGUAUUUUCUCUCUACCUAAACAUACUUCAGGCUAGGGACGAGGAGGGUGAGCUGCGUCGGGGGACGAUAUUCUUCUAAAUAAGUAUUGUAAGAGGUACUUCCAACAGAAUUGUAAGAACUACGUAAGAAUUGUAAGUUAUUAAAGUACAACUACAACUCUCGUUGUCAUAUUAUUAAGGAGAUUAUAGAUGAACUAAGUACAUGGAAAGCUUAAGGUCAUCAAGAUCGUACUUGUCAUAAGAACAUAGACACUGAAGAUCAAUAAGCAUGGUGAUGGUGAACAACAAUACUGAGGAGAACACUGCAAGUAACGCUGGAGCUGGACCCAGUGCUGAAGGUGCUGCUACAAACGUGGCAAGUGGUCCUGCACAGGAGCUUCCACCUGCUGGCCUACCUUCAACCGCACCAGCUGCAGCAGGUUUACCAGUAGGAAAUUCCGCUACAACAACAGGAGCUCAGGUCACUCGUUUCGGUCGUCACACAUCAAGUGGAGCAAAAAUGUCGAGUGUCUCUUUUAAUACGACUGCAGCUAGGUCACCUCGUCCAGCUUCUAACAGCGCAGCUAAUCAUCGCGCAAUGUCUUCUACCACGACUGCGGGUCCUCUAUCCCGUAUUCUCUCCCCACGGAACCGUGCUGAAUUCCGCUUAGGGCCGAUCGACAUGUCGGCAAUUGAAGAAUUGAAAGCGGCGAGAGAGUACUUCACAGAUCGCGAGCUUGAACUGUCUCAGCAAAUCAGCAAUCUACUUGCAGAAAACGCGAGGUUGUGCAAACAGAUGGAUCAAGUGCGCGAAAAGUGUAAGAUGAUCGAGAACCGCGAACAAGCUGGCUUGGCUAGUUUGAAGGCUGAUAUGGAGUUGUUGGCUUCAUCGAAUGACAAUUUGAGAGCCCAAGUGUCGAGGGAUCAAGAUAUUGCGCGCUCGUUUCAACUGCGGGAACAGGAGAUGCAAGCCAGGAUUUCAGCAUUGGAAGCCGAACUGGACAACAAGAACGAACACAUGCUCUCUUUGGAGUCGAAACUACGGGAAGCAGAUCGUGCCUUGAACUACAGGAGUGAGGCAUUGUCCGCGACCGAACGAGAAAACGUGGCUCUACGCCGCUUUCAGGCGGAAAUGCGAGAAGCGAACGAUCGGCAAUUGCAAAGAUCGUCUACAACAUUGGAAAAAAAGUGCGAGGAACUUCUGUUGGAAACCUUGGACGCACGAAGGAUCGCAGAAGCAGCUAGAGUCGACAGGGCUGACAUGGAAGACAAAGUGAAGCAUUUAACGUUGGAAAGCGACACCUUGCUGGAUCAAUUGAAGAAGGAUGAACUCGCAAAAGACGACUCCGAAAAAGCCUACACGAGAUUGGAGGUACUUAGAAGUACUUCUUCGAGUAGUAUGUGCUCGUCUAGUACAAACAGAAACAUUGCUUGUUGCUUUUUUGAAUGUAUUUGUAGUCUUCUACUGUCAUUUUUUUAUCAACAUUGAUUGCCCAUUUUUAUUACCAUGUACUAUAAUUUUCGGCGCAUUCGCGAAGUCUAGAAAUCUUCACUCACACCUUCAGGUUGGGCUCUUCCGCAUGCAAGUGAAGGGCAGGAAGCGCAAGCUUCUUCAGAGCACCUUUGCUCCUUGGCGUGGGCUCUCAAAGCGAGCUCAGAACAAGGAACAAGACAAGCGGCAAUUCAGUCGCUACGCGAAUCGCUUCUCCAGACUCCAGAAGGCCUAUUAUUCCAGGCUCUAUUUCCUCCGAUGGAAAGCUAAAAUCGCGACGAUUCAGUUGCGACGCAAAUCGGUAACUUUCAGCAGUUGUUCGCACGGACGGGAACGACAACAGUUGCUUGCGUUGGGAUUUUUGAGCUGGAAGUACAGCAGCUUGCUGAAGAACGUGGCGUGUAAUUUUGAGAAAUUUGAUUCCUACGACAAGAAGCGCGACAUUUAUCUGCGCAGAAUGGCUUCGCGCAUCCAUCUGAGCGAGAAACUGCUGAAGAUAUGCUUCCUCUCUUGGAAACAAAACACUGGAUCUCUAGAUCGCGCUCGGCGAGCCAGAGUCCGCUUAGUGGGUCGUUGGCUACGGGCAGAGCGUCUUCGCGCAGUCGUCGCAGCCUGGCGAGUGCUGGUGAUGUCCGAGAAGCGAAAUCAAUUCAUCUUGGACGCAGUUGCAGAAAGCAACAUUUUGCCAGAGAGCAGCAACAAGGUGACGCCUGAUUCUAUCAUGGAUCACGUCAGGGAGCUAUUGGAACAGCAUGAGACAACAGUGACCACCACUGCUCGUCAAAAAGCAGCAUUUUUCGAAGAAGCACAAAGAGAAAGAAGUGUCCGCAACUCUUCACCCAGAAGAGGUGGUGCAGGCCAUGAUGAUGAAGAUGAUAGUACGUCGUCGACUGGAGGAGGUGGUCCUCGUGCAUCUUCACCGUUUAGUCCACCCUCAAGAAGAAAUAAGGGUAAGAACUACACACUAACCGGAACGGGAGAUUCGUCAGCGGAUGAUGAGGCUCAUUUCAAUGGAGCAUCAGGGAUGAACUCAUAUGCGAACAAAAUGACUACAACAGCAUUUAAGGGUAGGUUAAAGGUGCUUUUCUUACCGCUUUUUAUGCCUCUCCUAAGGGAGAAAGGCAUAAAAAGCGGGGUAAGCGAGCACCAAAAACCUACCUCUAAAGCAUCAUCUGCGAACAAGAACGCGGCCGCUGCUGUUACCGCUCGGUUGAACCGCAUGGAUCGUCGCGAAAGGGCGCGUUCGGCCGAAGAACGUGCGAAAGCAGUGUCUACGGAACGUCGCGAAAGGGCGCGUUCGGCGAAGCACUUCUCUCCCUCCACAACCAGAGGUGGUUGUCAAACUAGAAGUGUCUCUCCAUCUGGAGGUGCAUCUUCCCAGGCGAAGUGGUCUUACAAAAAUAAAGGUUCAUCCGCUGACCCUCAAAUUCAAACUCGACAUCAACGGGAUGAGAAGCGACGUCGCUAUGGAAGUCAUACACGGUCACCCAAUGAGGCCAACAGUCACAGUUACGAAGCUGCUCUGUUGCACAGACGUCGCGUGUUAGCUAAGCGUGUUGGCUUGUCCUAUCGCGCUUCCUCUGCGCCUGCACACGCCGCUGGCCGUGUAGUCGUGAGAACAUCCUUGCACGGCGACCAUCACGGAGACGAACACCUUGGAGAAAUGAUCACAUUGGACAUUCCCCAUGCUGCGAGUCUGCAUCACACAACAUCGUCUUUAGGUGGAGCUCCUGACACAAAGAAGAUGUCCUCUUCAUCUACACGCAACAAGAACUUGCAUUCCUUAGCACCCCAACGUCUCCUGAUCAAGCGGCUGGUCUUCCAUAUCUGGCGAGGUAUGAAGCAUGACGGACGCGCAGAGCGUUUAGAAGCGGAAAAGAACAGUCUGUUGAACCGCGCGUGGACAACCACCGGACCUUUGAUUCUCAAGCGUAAUCGGAAAGGCAUUCUAGGCCGCUUUUUCCACGUCUGGCAACUGCAAAUCAAGCACGGCAGAUGGCGCGAUACCUUCCACGCCAAAGCGCACACUGCACACGAGAGUCGCGAAAUGAGUCGAGUCUUUAUCGCGUGGAAGAGCGAGAGCCGCCACGGACGCGCCACCGCUGAGUUGCAGAACACCAAAGAAGUAGCGCUAAAGCGUAUGGCGUUUCAGUUGGAUGCCGCUAAUGUUAAGGGUUACCAAAUUGCAUUCUUCACUACCAUCCUUGACUUUUUUUCCAGUAGGAAAAGGGUCAGGGAUGAUCUGAAGAAUGCAAUGUCGCAACCUCUAAUAAUGAGGAAAAAUUGAAAGACUGCGUCUUCCGAUUGUGGCACAAUGUGGUGGGGAAGAUGAAGGUAGAGAAACUCCGAGCGCAGCUAGAACAUCGGACUCGCCUUGGUCACAACGUCGUACACAAACAAGUCACAGACCUAUCAGGUGAGUUGCAUGAAAGCGGUAUGCGACUAGUUUUCGGUGCUUGGCGCUGUGAAGCUCUAGGUGAGAAGAAGCGUAGAACUGUUACCGAAUUGCGCAAGCGCCACCAUCAAUUGCACAACAUGGUCGGAGCGAACUUGUACUUCAACCCGGGUCACCACUUGCACACGUUCUUCAAGUUGUGGGAAAAGCACACGAUCCACCACAACAAGGUCGCUAGAUGCAAAUCCGCGCACGCAUUGAGUCUAGCUGGUGUUGAGGAGUUCCUUUCCAGGCAAAGGAGCCACAAGAUGACCCAUACGGCGUUUGAGUCUUGGCGAUUGGACAUGCGUGAGAUGCGGGCUCUGCGGAGGAUGAAAUCCUUGGGCCAGAAGAUUUCUUCGUUCUUUUAAGGCUUACCCUUAUCCAUCUUCUGAGGCAUCCUGAAGAGGCUGAUCCAAGGAAAAAAGCUCCCAGGAUGCGUCUCAAGAUGGAUAAGGGUGAGGUCUAAUUCUUGGAAACGUUAUCGAAGAACGUGAUCGGCUACGCCGUGGCGACCAACGGAAUCUCAGCGAACGGUGGAGAGUAUGCGGAUUUGGGUGAAACCCCUGUUCCGCCGAAGGAGGAAGGAGAAAUUGCGGAUGCGGAGCAGAAGUUAGAUGCUCUGAAUCGUGUGAUGGUGGCUAGAAAGAUUAAGGGUAGGUUAAAGGUGCUUUUCUUACCGCUUUUUAUGCCUCUCCUAAGGGAGAAGGGCAUAACAAGCGGGGUAAGCAAGCACCAAAAACCUACCUCUAAAAAGAGCAUCUUCUCCCCAAGAAAGCGUUCUUGGGCCAACAACACGUUGAUCGUGGACAGCAAGACUGGCGUGGACUUGGCUAGCUGUCACUUGCGGCGAACCAGCUUGAACGUGAACAGGCUGCUGCGAGAGCAUCCGGCUAAGAAAUUCAGUGGUCUAGACAUGCGCCGCACGGCAGCGGAUAAGGCGAAACGGGUUGCAGACCGUAGUGCGCGACUGAUAGCCGGACAAGUGCCGCCACAAGUUCUAGUGAGGCAGAGACCGAAGUCCAGAGACGACAAGGAAGGCUCUGGACGAGCACCACCAGGGAUGAUAGUCACUGCAAGUGGUAAGAUCGUGGGAAAGCUACCAUCUGGAGGUGCAUCAGGAGGAGCCGCUUCUACUUCCUCGCCUUCAAAGAUGAAUAUGCGUUCUGCUAGCACACAAGGACGAUCUCCUCAGAUGACUAGGGCUGGCGCACACGCCAAUGAGGAAUUGAUUGGGGAAGUGUUGGCAGAACAGCAGAGGAUGCUAGAAAUGCGUGAGCAGCGACGUCGCAACCUAGAAGGCCACUUGCUGGGAGAGAGUGAUGAAGUGACAUCCAACAACAUGGGCACGCCACGUGGACGAGGAGCUGGAAGUGCGAGUGGUAGUAAAGAUACUAUCACUUCUGGUACACGAGCUGUUGGUUCAGGUGGUGGAGGUCAAAUAAACCAGGAGCAUGAGCCGGCCACACGGCCAGUCUCUCCAUUGCCCACCAACGAUGCGCUUGCGCUGCUGCAUGCGAACGAGUAUGCCCAUGGCCUAGACCAGGCAGUAGAUCGGCAUUUAGACACUCUGAAAGACGUAAAGAGCGACUCUCGAAGUCGUUCACCGCAGUAUGUGCAAAGCUCAUCUCCCUUUGCCGCGAUGAGUCCAUUCCGUUAUACAACCACUACAUCUACAUCUAGUACAACUUCUACAGGUGGACGUGGAGGUGGAGGUGGACCCAAAGCAAGUGCUGCAAGAACUACUCCUCACCAAAAUAAAUCUAGUACAACAGCAAGUCCUGCUGCAAAGAGGAUGAUUAUACAAAGUAGAAGUGGUGCUGGAGGUGCUGUCGGACCCUGCUCAGGUAGUACUAGUUCAGCUAGCAGAGGAGGCCUCUCCAGUCCUAGAGGUGCAGAGGCAACCCGAUUGCCGGGGAGAUCGUUGUCACCGAGAGCAGGAGACGCAACCCGACUAGGGCCGGGGAGAUCGUUGUCACCGAGAGCAGGAGACGCAACCCGACUAGGGAGACGAGCGGGUGACUACCAAGUGCCGCCAACAGAUUUGAGUGUGACACAUAGAAGAACGAACAACCAGCAUGCGGCUAUUGAGAGGCGACUGAUGGCAGCGGAUGGACCGGGAUCUAGUAGUUAUCAGCGAAAUCAUAGGCAAGUACUAGGAUCAACAUCGUCCUCUUUAUCCCCUCGAGGAGCAGGAGGUGGAUAUGGUGGAAGUGCGGCAGCGAGUGUGAGACCACACCAUCAACAUGGUUGUACUAGCGCAGAUCAUUUGUCUCCCAAAACCCACGAGCACUUCCAAAAAGUGAAACAGUCCGCCGUGGACGAUCUGGGCGCCGACCCUCUUGGUGUUUAUCUGGAGCAUUUUGACUUGGAGAUUCGCCACACUCUGGACGAAUUCAACGGGUAUUUCGUCAACGACCUGCUUGCCAAUGCGCAUAUUCACUUGAGCAACAAGGAGCUGUGCCAAGGCGUCUUCGCGUUGUGGGUUAACCAGGUGAAUGCCUCGAAGGGUGACGCGCGUAUGCGUCACGUCGCUUUCGACUACCAACAGAAAGUGCUGAAAGAGAAGAAGUCGCUUUCUCUUUUGGUCGACAAAAAGGACUCUCUCAAGAUUUUGGCCAACGCUUUCUCCGAUUGGCGUGCUUACUACAUCGAAGAGAGGGGCAGGAAAGCGGAAGAAUUUGCCAGAACUUGUGCGAUGAAGGUGAUGAGUCGGAUGGGGAUCGAUUUGUUUGGACAGCAAAGCACGUUUGUUACAACCGACAUUAUACGGGAAUGGCAUAGAGUGACACAGGCUGGCUUGGCAAAGAAGCGCCUCGAAGCGGAGAUGGAAUUGCGAAGGGAGCAGAUCGAAAAAUCCUGGAAACUAGCAAAGACAAGGAACAUGCUAAGCGGGGACUCACCGGAAGUUUUGAUGAAGGUACUUAAUAGAGAGGGAGGACGUUGGGAAGUUGUUUUUUUCGGCAACUGUCUAUGAGGAAUUUUUGAUGAUCCUUUAUUUCUAUUCAGAAGUUCGUACUCAACAACGACAUCAACGACAUCUUGAAACUUUUUAUACAUGAUUCAUUUUCAUUUUCUCUUCAUCGAGCACCACGAGCACUCCAUUGUUCACAACCAAGAAGUACAACACACCACCACCACAGACCUGCUUCAUCGCUUGGGAGCGCGAAACUUCCAACCAACUUAUGGAGAAAGGGCUUGAGGACUCUGUGGCGGAAACUAAGGGAAUGGCCAGACGUGUCUUAGGAAGAUUGCAACAGUACGCCAACGAGAUCACAAAGGAGAACUGCUACUGUCUCAGUGGAGCCUUUUGGACGUGGAAGUCGCAUGUCAGUAGCACUAGUCAAUCGCGCGAUCACGAGUCAGUAUUGGAGAAUGUCAAAGCCGAAUUGCAUGGUACUAUAUAUUUAUAAUAUUUAGUUUUCUCUUUAAUACAAGUAGGACUAGUUGUAAAUCGCUAGCAUCUGCUACUUUGCUUGUAGUGUGGCUUCGAGGAGAUUCUUCGACGCAGGUAGAAAGCUUUCUCUCCUGCAGAUGAUAAAGUAGAAGUGACUCCUGUCGUACCUACCACUGUCAUUGAUGAUAGAGACUCGUCUAUCUACUAGGUUCGUGCUUAACCACGUUAACAUAUCAUCAAGAAAAUAACAUCAAUUAUAUCUUCUUAGGCUCUCCUCUGGAGGUACCUUUGUAUUGAGUGGCCUCAAAAGUAGAUCUCAAAUGCUACCUAAGACGAGGCUCCAAACAGGUCUCCGCAUCUCCGAAGUGAACUAUUGGUCUUCCAAGGCUGGCGCCAGACUGCAGAGCAAGCAGAAGAUUAUCGACCGUGCAGUCGUGCACUUCCAACUCGAGACCAUGAUGAAGGCCUGGCGAAAGGCUACGCAUGACGAGAAGUACAAUCGGAAAGAGAUGGAGUAUCAGCACAUGCUGAAACGAUCCAUGAAGACCUUCGAGACAUUCGUGCUUCAGGGUGUCACCGCAACGAAACAAAGCAUCCUGAACUUGUGGAAAGAGGCCACGAGGAACUGCAAGGAGGAGAGGGAAGCGACUAAAUUGAAGAAGAACAUCAAGAACUUGAAGCAAGAACAAGCAUUGUCAAGGUUGAAAAUGGCGUUCGUGACGGAUCCACAUGUACAUACUUAACUACUUUUCACAUGUUGUCAACUACUUGUGCUGUUUCUUUUUCUAAGUAUUUUUAGGCUAUGUAUCCCUUCUUGCAACAUACAACUUGUGUUUCUUUUUUCUUCAUAUCUACUUCGUCAGAAAUUUUACCUCCUGCCUGCAUACUGUUUUUUCUUUGCGAGAACGGACAUCAUGUCGGGUUCUACUUUGUUCUUAUAAUAUUAAUUGGAAAGUAGUUCUUUCACCCUGCUAAGUACUUUUUUUUUACUUAUUCAGUUUCAGUUGUAUCACAAUCACGACGACAUGAAAUCUUCAACAACAAUUAUAGAUGCUGAUGCUCCUCGCGUGGCAGUCUUGGCGCAAGGAGCACGAACGCGUUGUCGCCGAUCGGGAAAGGGACGCUAUGGAGAGCAAACUAGGCGAAGCCAAACGAGCAGCCAUGGUCCAGAAAUUGAGACUUACUUUUGGGGAAAAGUCCGACCACUUCCUGCAGGAGAUGGUGUUUCGCGCUUGGGUUCGCGUGGUAGACGACGCUCGCCAAGAGAUCCAAUUAAAGAAGAUCCAAAGCAACAUGGAGCAAUAUGCCCAUAAUGUUAAGGCUGUACCUAAUACAUCUUUGGGCGUAUCCUUGAGACGUAAUAUGGAGGAGUAUCUAUCCUAAGGGAGUAAUACUCUCCUCCAUACUUAUUCUCAAGGAUGCACUUGAAAGAUGAAUUACGGACAGCUCUAAUAAUGCAGUGUUGACGACGUGCCACCACGACGAAAGAAGCCUGAAAGUUCGAGUCUUCAAAGGCUGGGUGGAAUGCCUGCAGACCGAAAAAGUGGUCACUGGGUUGAAUACCAGGAUGUUAGAACUCAAGUCGACGUUAGGCGCAAUGCGAUUAUGGGGCAAAUUUGGUGGAGCGGCGGACGAAAACGAGCUCCGGAAGAAAUUUAUGGAGAUAUGGCAUGAACAGGUACAAUUUUUUUUAAGAUGUGAGUCAGCUAAAGUCUACUAAGUUACCUCAAGUAGAGCAAAAAAGUUAUUUAAGAAAAGACGCGAAUUCAACAUCUCGUCUGAAAAUUGAGGAAAUUUAUGGAGAUAUGUUGGCACGAACAGGUAGUGAUAUGUAGUGAUAUGAACAGGUACGACAUCAAUCAAUAUGAUUAGGAAUUCCCUAAUUAGAGUUUCUGGAAAUUAUGUGGCACGAUGAACAGGUAGUAUGUGCGUCUAUAGGGGAGAGUGCCACGCGAUUUUUUCAAUUUUCCGUAACUGUGGUAACGACCCUUGAAAUCUUCACGCUUGAUAAUUCUUUGACUUACAUAACUCAACGCCAGCAUCGCCGUUGGGAAUGCCAUUGGCCUGGGUGGGCAUUCGUUGUGGGAGUUGACCUCGUGUCAGCUGCCAUUCUGUCUCUAGAUUUGUGGCCGAUUGUACGGUCUUAUGCGCACCCAGUAUGUAACUUGGAUGAUCUUAUAAAUAAGGGGGUAAAUAAUUGAUUGAAAGGGUGGCGGCAUAUAGUCCUAACGCAAAAAAAAAAAAACUCUACGGUGAUCAAGAAUGGCCAUAACAGGGACAUACACAUGACAUGGCACAUCGCCAGCACCACACUGUAGUUCUUGAUAUCGAGCAACUACUACAUCUACCGCAGUUAGUACCUUGCUUCUAGAUCAUCGAACCUCCAUAUAAAUCACACCCAUCGUCCUCGUCUUUCCCCUACUACAGGCCAAGGAAGAGGCAAAGGAGCGCAUUGUCAGGGAGUCAUUGGAGAAGGCGAAGCUUAGUGCAAUCGGUCAAUCCGAGACUGUGGUGAAGUUUGGGGGUCUUCUGGCCGUCCAGAAGUGUAUCCUGUCUUGGAAGGCUCUCGUUGCUACCGUGAAGGACAAUGGGAAAUUGGACGCGGAGAAAGAGAGAGUGGUAAUUUGAAUUAUAUCGUUCAUAAGUGUUAAACUUUUUUUGACAGAAACUAACGUUCUAUCAAUCAUGAAUUUUUCAACUUCGAAAAACUGAAAUAACCGAGUAACUAUUGAAAAUAAGGGAGAUACUGAAAGAAGAGGAAUGUAGUCAGGACUCUCUUAUUUCAGUCAGUAGCUCGCUUAUUUUGAGUUUUCGAAAUUCGUCACUUACAUCCUGCUGCUGCCUUUUCUUCUACUUUUCAGGCCUCCGCCAACGCUCGUGCCAAAGCGUUUGCUCAACGUUUCGGCGAUAAAGUUUCUAUUAAGGGUUUCGACAUUGCGACAUUCUUGUUGUUCACUGCCAUCCUUCACUCGUUUUCAAGUAGGAAAAGGGUCGAGGAUGGUCUGCGUCUGAACAAGAAUGUAAUUCCGUAACGGAGGACCUCUAACCCUUGUCUCCAGAGGCAAGCUGUUUUCUCGGUUUGGCGCUUCUGGGCUUUGCAGGAGCUCGAGUCCCGUGGUGUCCACCACCAACAUCGACAACAUGCGGAAAAUCUCAGAGCCAACUCUAGUAAAAGGCUGCAGCUAGCUCUGCAGCAUCAUGACCGGUUGUUGUGCAGUCAAACGGUGCGGUUGUGGCGAGACUUGGUGCAGAGCCAGCACGUGGCGAAAGCGCACAAAAUCGCAUCCGACAUGCAUUUCAGAACCAGUACGCGGUUACAGAGAGCGACACAAGGGUUAUACGCGUUCAUCCACAAGACCCAUGAAGCAAAGCGCCUAGAGCUGGUGUUCGUAGAAUGGAAAGACGUGGCGAAGAGGGACAAGUACCACAACUUACUUAGGGUCGUUUAGAUCUGUAGUAGAUGAGAAGCUUUGUUGAUCAUGAUGAUUUGGAUUUUUGCGCAAUGUCCAUGAUGCAAUUGUAUCCUUGAUCGAACUUCGCAACAUCUUCUUGGUUAACUACGCCGAUGGGUCCACCACAUGCAAGAAGCAGCCUCUUCCAUCAGCAUCAGAAGACCUCACAACUUCUCACAACUUCUACCUCUAUUUUCGUAUUCAGGUACACGUUCGUGCUGAAGGGACUGAACGAGUCGCUGAACCAUGUCCGAAACAAGCAUGUGACAAAGGGUUUCGAGUAUCAAAAUAAUAAUGUGAUGAAGACCAUGAUCUUGGCCUGGCACAAACUAGCAUUGACAGGCAUUCAUCAGACCAGACUGCAACAGCAUGUCGACUUUCAUCACGCCGGAAGGGAGAGACUGGUGCAUGGUAUGAAUUACUUUUUUCUAGGUUUAGAAGGGACUUGCAGUAGUUAAUAUUACGCUGAUUCUUGCUUUGCUUAGAUCUAGAAAUAGAACCAGAGCAGAUGUUUUUCGUUACGCUUAAUACAUCGGUAGUCAAGGGGCUCAACCACAACCUGAAAAUGAAAGAACUGCAUCAACUUGACGAGCAUGAGCAAUUUAUUAUCUUCACAUUGGAACUACCUCUACCAAGUUAGUAGUCUCCUUAAGUAGAUUGUCCUUUGUCCAACUCAGGUUGCGACAAAGCUUUACUUCGCCACCAUGCUGAGCGCCACAUGCACACAGUUUUCGAAUGCUGGUGGCGCUUUGUGAGCCACGAGCGUCGCAAAAAUUUGUCGCAUUCUGUUGCCGAAGUCACCAAAAAACAUGCUAAAGUUCAUGCUGCAGCUUUGCUAAGACCGUUCCUUGCGUGGCGCGACCGUGCGCGACUCCAAGCUUCCGGAUUGGAGGAGGUGAAACACGCCCAAAGAGAGCAAUUAGUCACGGUACAGCAGGCCAAGCGACGCUGCCUGCACGCGAUUCACUCUUGGCGCCACGAAGUUUUGUUCGCCAAGGGUACUAGGAAGCACAUGGCUUACUAUUUGGCCAAUAGUGAGCAGGCUUUGCAGAGCUUCGCCUUCCUGACUUGGGCGAAAAUCACGCACGCAGAACAUGCCCAACGGCACGCGAUGAGCAGUGUGAGGAGUCGGCGGGCACUGCAAAGAGUCGGCGCCGCUUUUUCUGCCGCGCACGAAAGCAAUCUGAUCAAACGGGUGUUCGCUGCUUGGCGAGAAUGCCAAUUGCAGCAGAGCAUGGUCCUCUUGGCGACGAGACAUCAACAGGACCGAAGUGUUUACUUGUCCACGCUGUUAAGGUUCGUGGACCGAAGAGACAAACGCCACUUGCUGACUCUGGGCUUCUCCCUGUUCGACAGGAACUCGCGUCAAAAACGUGCCAAUAUUGCCAGAUGGACUCUAGUCAAUGCUCGCAACUUCUCAUCCCGGCAAAAACUCCGCAAAGUCCAACUUUUUCGAACCUGGCGACUUAGGCGCGUCAAUCUCCAAUGGGCUAGAGCACAGGCAACCCUCCUGAAGAACGCUCGAUCUAGGUUGCUAGCGGCACGUGCCUUUUUUUAUGACCUCCACUAGUACUUUAUAACUUUUACUAGUUGAUGUAGUUCAUCUUUUAGUUCAUCAUGUUCAUCUUGUUCUGUAAAAACGUGUUUUCAAGUUUCACCUACUUCUACUUAAUAUAGAGAAGUGAUGUUGAACAACUAGUACACAGAUGAUGUAAAAGAUGGAUUGAGAAGAUUGAGAUUGUAGAGUGAGAAGUUCUAAUUUUUGGGUUGGGCCUUCACUGUGAGGGAAGAGCAAAAAAUUGGUGUGCACCUGGAGAGACACGCGAACACAAUUGCGCAGUUCGAAAAAUUUCAAGAGGAGGCGAACUACCAUGCGGCAAUAAGACCUAUCUUGCAAAAAUGGGCAUUGAUCGCAAGGCGUUCGCGCAUCCUACGAGGCAUCCGACUCGCAAGACGGCAGAUGCUUCUCGGUGCGACGUUCUCCAGUUGGGAUGGCAUUACCCGACAAGUGGGCGCGAGGGCCCGUUUGUUUCUAGGGCCAGCAGCUGGCGGAGCCCGUGCUGGUGCAGGAAGUCACGCGUAUAACUCUAACAACUACGCCGGCGCAAACAACUACAACUAUCAUUCUCCUGGUGCUGGUGACCUCCAUGAACUACCGCACUCUUCAACACCCUCUUGUUCCAGAACGGUACGUGGUGAGAGACAGAGAGCAGCAGAGCAGUUAUACUAUCAUAGAUCCUCAUCUUCAUCAUCAAGCAGCUCAUCAUCUUCAGCCAGUUCGUCCAACAGUCGGUCUGUUAGCCGUAGUGCUGCAUACCGGAACCGACGUGAUGCAGCUUCCUCACAAAUGAAGAACUACAGUAAAGCCACUAUGACUUCUAGAGCACGGAGGAGCUCUGCUAAAAGGGGAGAGUCGCCAACGCUGAGGACCUCGCGUGCAGUAUCACCGAAAGCAAGUACUAGUCCCACGCGGAACCCUUUUGCCUCUCCAAAAAACAACGCUUCCACCACUUCCACGUCAGUUGUAAAUGCAGAAAAAACAAGUACUAAUAGUAAUAGAAAUACUAGAAUUAGUACUAGAGACAGCAGCAUUAUGCUAGGAGCUGCUUCUCCUCGUGGAGGAAGAUAUCUUCGUCAGGCAGAUGAACGAGAUCGCGGAGGAGCGGAGACUAACUCUAACUCAUCGUCGGACUAGUAGACUAUUAGGAAUCAUUGUACUCAAUCGUCAGAACAGUACAAGAACUACUUCCCAUCUCCACGUCCACCCUUGGACUUUUGGACUGUGGAAUGUGAGAGAGUGGCUAGUCCUGGACUACUACUUCUACUAUGCAGUCAUAUUUAUUAUCUGUGAGUAGACUGGUAGGACUUUUUAGCCUUGACAGAACUUCGAAAUGAAACAGUCUGUCAGGGUUCUUCAUACAACUCGAUGCACUUUUCUUCAUACAGCGAACUUACAAUUAGGAACUUCUAAAUACUAAUACUGCUGGUGCUGGUCGUGCAUAUGAUAGUGAUACCAGCCACAUAGAAGGCCUAGCUAAAGGAACUAACUCAACUUCAACAUAGUCAACAACUAUUCAAUCAUCAACAAUCCAUCUGCAUAGAAAAUACUAUACCUAAAUAGAAAGAAUUUAAUAGGGAAUGAAUUAAGCCACGAACACGAUUGUUCAAUUGUACCACAACUACCACUUAUGAGCUCGGAAUCGAAGAGCUCUUUCGUGCUUAGAGCUGUGUCAUUCUCCUGGUGCUUCCUGCAACGUUGUACUAUAUGUGUUGUAUAGAUACUACCGCUUAUAUUGGGACUACAAGCUUCACAGUUCCUGUAAAAUAGAGAAUAUUUGCGACAUUUCUCGUUACUCACUCACAAACACAACUGUCCAUGCAGAUACCUCGAGGACGGUGACAUAUUAAGAUGCAGCUUGGGCAUAAAAACGUACGUACUUGAAAACACACAUGUUCCUACAACAUACAGAUACAUGACGACUUGUUUGAUUCCGCUACUAGUACACCGCUUAAUAUUUCAACAGCCUAUACUAACUAACAAAUUUACGUAUUUUUCAACUACUCUUGCGGCAUCUUCAACAAGCUUUGAAGAAGUUGUGUAGAUGAAUGUAGUUGCUUAUCCUGAGACAUCAAUUGGAGUGUUGGACAAGAUGAAUGUUCUAGAAAAGCUGCCAGUAUCUGUCAUAGAAAAGCUACCAGGACAAGUUCGACACUUGUGCCGCAAAACAAGAUGGAGGAGCCAGCGCCUCUUCAACGCAACGG